AUGACUGGAAAAGACGACGUCGCGGAAGGGAAACCCAAAGGAAAAGUCUUAUCACCUAACAUCGGCGACGACAAAUCGGUCAGGGUGAACGGAAAUGGGUUGCGCUCUAAAGGGUUCGCCAUCACAGACCUUCUAGGAUUAGAGACGGAGUUACAGACCUCGACUGCUCCUGGAGUGGUUACCAACGUAGAGGGUCACGGAGCUGGCUUAGGGGGCUUCGCAUUAGCCGGGGGCUCUCUGCCUCUCGGCCUGGGUUUUCUGUGUAGUUUGGCCGCGCAACAGCCCUCUGGAGCGCCCUGCUUUCUUCCCAGUCACAUUCCUCUGCUGCAGGCACGGACGGAAAACCAGUACAUGCAAAGCCUGGAGCAGCACAAGGAGAACUACUCGGACGACGACUGCCUUUCCGGGGAUCGCAGUGACCUUAAGAACUCGUGUAACUCUCAAAACAAGAGGAAGAAGAGGCGGCACAGGACGGUGUUCACAGCUCAUCAGCUAGAAGAAUUAGAGAAGGCGUUUAACGAAGCCCACUACCCCGACGUCUAUGCCAGAGAAAUGCUAGCCAUGAAGACGGAGCUUCCAGAGGAUCGAAUACAGGUAUGGUUUCAAAACCGAAGAGCAAAGUGGAGGAAGCGUGAGAAGUGCUGGGGCCGCAGCAGCGUGAUGGCCGAGUACGGCCUGUAUGGUGCCAUGGUCAGACACUCCAUCCCGCUCCCUGAAUCCAUCAUCAACUCGGCGAAAAACGGCCUGAUGAGCUCGUGUGCACCUUGGCUUCUAGGUAUGCACAAAAAAUCACUAGAAGUAAUAAAGAAGAGCAGCGACACGCCAGAAUUCGGCUACUCCGAGUGCAGCAUUGACACCAAAAUGCCCAGCCCGGAGUGGGCACAUCAGGCCAGUGGCAGGAGCGACUCCGAGGACAUGGCGAUAGACCUCUCGAGCUCAGCGAAAUCGGACCACAAAAGUCACUGGAAACCCACGGGCGUGAAGGAGUCACUCGGCAAGUCGGGGGAGAGUUAA